CCCCGGCCCCGCCCCCGCCCCGUCUCCCCUGCCUUCAUCCCCGACACCAUCCCGGACCUUCGUCCGAAGCAUCCGUCACAUCCAGAUCCACCCGCCGGCUAGCCCAUCGCCGGCACCCCUCUACCCACUACCUUCCCGGCGGCUCCGCCUGCAUACCACCGCCGGCGCGCCCCUGUGCCCAGUCGCAGUUGCUGCCUCGCCACCCGCGCCCACCUCCUGGCACCCAUGGCCGCCAUCGCCAGGACCUUCCCAGGCUUCCCUCCCCAACGAGGCUACACCUAGCCAGAGGCCUGCUGCUCUCCAACGCCUGGACCGACGCAGUCAACCGUGCGCCGGCAACGCGCAACCGGUCACCAUGGAACCCGCGCGCAGGCAUUCGUCCAUGGUUGAUAGCCUCAACCAUGGCGGUGCAUCCCCAGACGCCGCCGCUGGCCGUCGCCGUCCCUGACCACCAGACAAGCACGGAGCGGCCGCUGCCGCCACUCCACUCCCGCGCUGUGCCUGACUUGCCGCAAGCCUCCGCCCUCCAUCACCAGUGCGCUGCCACCGCAUGGAGCUUCCAGCGCCAAGAUUCCCUUGUGCACCAUCAGCUACAACCUAGGCUGCGUGGCUACUUCCCACCCCGUUGUGCUUCAGAUUCUGUAGAGCUUCAGGUUCAGAGCUUUUCCCUUCUGAAAUUCAGUGAAGGGAAGGACUACCUGAGCGCUACCAGCUGUACAAGGAGUUUAGAAGGCAAAAGAUGGGUCAAUAGAUGAUCCCUACUUUGCAGCAGUGUGCUGUACGUGUGGAGGAAAGGUCAAUCAAAAAGUGUAGUUUGAUAAUUACGUCGUAACUUAUUAAGCUCGCUUGCUCUCUGGCUCUUAUUACUUUGUGUUUGUGCCUCAAACAAAAGAAAAAAAAAGUAAAAAAUAUUUGAAGAUUUUACACUGGAGAAGUUCAUGUACACAGCCCUACCCCCGAUGCCCAGCUCCCUGCCGCAGAGAUGCCUAUGUGCCCUCCAAUGCCUCCUUCCAGCUCGCCGCUGCCCCCGCAACCUCCGGGCACGCCGCCACCCAUGCCAACUUCCGGCGCGAGGCCGCCUCCGCUUCCUCCUUGCGCGUUAUCGCCCCCACCCCAUUCAGCGCGAGGCCGCCCCUUCUUCAGGGCGAGGUGGAUUUGGACUUCAGCGGCAGUACAGAGAGCACUUCGGGAGCACGUGGCGA